UUAGUAUUGAAAGAGUCAGUCGCAAAUGAGAUUUCCCACGAGUAAUAUGGAAUCUGGUGAUUUAUUCAAUCCUGAUAUUAGAGUGAAAGAAGAGCCUCGGCAUGAACUUCACGAUCAUUAUAAUUAUGAAAUAAUUGACACGACACUUACCGUUACUCAAAAUGUUAAAUACGAAAAGUUUCAGCAUGAAAAUUCAGACCACAUGCUGCAAGAAUAUGACGAAAGUCAUAAAAAUGGACAUAACGACAUCCAAAUCGAAUUGGAAUGUAUGGACAUGAAGCCUAAUUUAGCAGUUAAAAUUGAAGAUUUCUCUCUAAAUCACUGGCAGGAUAGUGACGAGUAUAAAACUGGGAGCAAAAUUAAAUUAGAACCCGUCGGGACAGUGAAAAAAGAAAUUUUUAGUGAAGAAGCCACUGUGAUUAAUGUUGAAUGUGUUUCAAAAAAUAAUGGAAGCACUCCUGCAAGUCAUCUAAAAAGACACGUCGAUGCAGUCUGCAAAGAUGUCACGCACGCAUGUGAAAUAUGCGGCAAUGUAUUCAAACGAAGAGUUGAUCUCAAUAGGCACAUCGAUUCGGUGCAUAAUGGUGUUAGACAUGCUUGUGAUAUUUGUGGAAAGACAUUUACUCGAAAAGAUCAUCUCAAAAUCCACGUCGAGUCGAUACAUCAUAAAAUCAAGCAUCCUUGUAAUAAAUGCCAAAAGACAUUCUCAAAAAAACGUGAUCUCAAUAGGCACAUAGAGUCGGUGCAUAAUGGAAUUUCACAUACGUGCAAUAUAUGCCCAAAGACAUUCUCAGACAAGAGUAAUCUCAGAAAACACAUCGAUUCGGUGCACAAGCGAGUCAGACAUGCAUGUGACAUUUGUGGAAAGACAUUCUCACAAAAAGUUCAUCUCAAAAUCCACACCGACGCAGUGCACAAUAGAAUCACCCAAGCAUGUGAUUUUUGUGAAAAAAAAUUUAGAUAUCAAACUCAACUCAAUACGCAUGUCAAAUCGUCGCAUAAUGACAACACUUAUAAAUGCAAGAUAUGCGGAAAAACGUUCGGACAGAAACGAAAUCUGAAAGCUCAUAUCGAUGUGGCUCAUUGAGUCACGCAAUCAUACCUAACAAAUGUAUAUGAUUCAUGUUCAAUUACGUUAACAAUUUUGAUGUACGAUCCAGUGUAAUUGAUCGAAAGACUGAAAUUAAAAAUUUGUAUUUAUGAUAUGAUGAAUUUUUCUAGUGUUAUGUAAAAAAAGUAACUGUC